AUGGUUUCCAGCGUUAACACUUGGGUGUGGUUCGCGGUAGUGCUGCUAGUCACGACACAGGUCUUCUACAUCUUGCUGACCGUGUUCCUACUUGAAGUGCACAAACAUGGCACUAACGAGAUUCCCCCGGACCAAUUCAAUAGCAUCGAUCCCUCCUCCAUCCCAGAUCGUAUCACAGGUAGCAAGCUGGUCAUUGUGGCGGAGCAGAUGUGGCUAGCCACCAUCUGGGGGUGUAAGGCUUGCCUGCUUUUGUUGUACUCGACCAUGACAUCCGGACUCUCGCAGCAUCGAAUCGUCAAGAUCAUCGGUGCCUUCUGUGCCCUUAGCUUCGUCAUUGUGGAAAUCUUGUUCUUUGCCGCCUGGUGUCGUCCCUUUGCCGCAUACUGGUCCGUACCGCCGAAAAACCUUCAGUGUUCCGUCUAUCGCAAUCACUUGAUUCUGGUACUCACUCUCAAUAUCUCAACCGACUUGAUGAUCAUGGCCAUCCCGCUACCCCUGCUGGUGAAGGCGAAACUGAGUCUGGCCAAGAAGGUCACCCUGUGCGCGGUUUUCUCGCUGGGUGCCUUUGUGAUUCUGUGCUCCAUUCUGUCCAAAUACUACUCCCUGUCCAAUCCAUAUGGCGGGCAAUGGGUGGACUGGUACGUCCGCGAGGCUGCCACGGCAGUGAUCGUUGCUAACAUCCCUCAAACCUGGACCUUGUUUCGCCGACUGUUCAACUGGCGGGCAUUUUUGGCCCACUCCUCAUACGAUCGCAGCCAUGGCAAAUAUACCAGCCGCAUGGACGGCUCGACCAUCCAUCUGUCGCGGUUCCGCGCUGGCGACAAAUCGCACGGUCGGUCUACGAUCGAUCCAACCGAAUCUGGCGAGUAUAUCACUCGAGAGCAGCCGUUGGAAAUUUGGGAGCACCGCCAGUUUCAAGUCACAAAUGAACCCGAGGAGCUGCGGAAAAGCAGCAGCCUGAGCCAGACCAGUAGUGGUAGCGUGGAAUUCGACACGACCGGGUAUCAGACGCAGCAGUCGCGGACAAUUGUGACAGCAACUGAAUAA